CUCUCUCUCUCUCUCUCUCUCUCUUUCUGUCUGUGCGUAGUCACCCUUCCUCCGAUUUCUCCAUAGAAAGCAAUUCUUCAUCUUCUCCACCACCUUCCCUAACAAGGGGCAACAAUCACCGUCGCAGCAGUCGGUACCUCCGUCGGGAUCGCCGGGAAUCGCGUCUCCGAGUCGCCCCAUCCGUUUCCUCGCCUUCUCCGUCGCCACCGCCGGCGAGAUCGACAGACGUUAAAAAAGAUAUCGGCGCUCAAUCGUACCUCGCCUCGUCCGCGGUUUGGGUGAAUUUUAAGGUACUAGGUCGUAGGAUGCCCCCGUGAAGUGGAAGUGUUUGUUGGACGAUAGUACAAUGUUGGAUAAUCUGAUUGUUGAGCGGGGACGUGGAUCGGUUAUGCUAAAGAUCAUGGUGCUUCACUAGGGGAAAAGAAUUGUAUGUGUAAGUUGAGAUUCGGGUCACAGAAAAGACACAGAAAAGAUUAUUAAGGCCAUACUUCGCAAAUCCUUCAUGUCCUGUGGCAUUCUCCAGGGAGGAUGGCCUCUUCCGGAGAUUCAUGGAUGAAAGAAUAUAAUGAUGCGGUAAAACUGGCUGAUGAGAUCAGUAGCAUGAUUGCUGAACGCAGUUCAUUGCCCACAUCAGGACCUGAAAGCAUGCGUCAUGCAUCUGCUACACGGAGAAAAAUUACUAUAUUGAACACUAGACUUGACAGCUUACAGAACAUUUUGACGAAGCCCUUCAGCAGGCCCAUAACGGAGAAAGAGAUUAAUCGUCGCAAGGACUUGCUUUCAAAUUUGAGAACAAGAGUGAACCAGAUGGAUUCCACGUUGAAAAUGUCACACUCUGCUAACAGGGAUAGCUUGCUUGGGUCAGAGAUAAAGCCGGCGGAUGCCAUGAGCAGGACUACAGGAUUGGACAAUCAAGGAAUCGUGGUUCUUCAGCGACAAAUUAUGAGAGAACAAGAUGAAGGUCUUGAGAAACUGGAGGAGACAGUAGUAAGCACGAAACAUAUCGCAUUGGCAGUGAACGAGGAACUUGACUUGCAUACUAGACUAAUUGAUAACUUGGACCAACAUGUGGAUGUUACGGACUCUCGUCUUCGGCGAGUGCAGAAGAACCUGGCAAUUUUGAACAAGCGCACCAAGGGAGGCUGCACCUGCAUGUGCAUGAUUUUGUCUGUUAUCGGGAUUGUGAUUCUGGUCGCAGCUGUAUAUAUGUUGAUCAAAUACCUGUAAAUCGAACAACUGAGAAGCGAUUUAUAUCGCCUGGGUGUGGUUUGUAUUUGGCCAUGGUGGACAUUCUUUCUUUUCUUUUGGGUGUGUUCCACUGUUUGCUUUGUAUUUAUUCUGAGAAUUGAAGCAACUGAGUAAAGUGUGGGCGCGGCUCCAUGUGAGGACUGAUUGUGAAUCCAAUCUGCUCUGUUCAGCAAA